AAAAAGGAGAAAAAACGACAGCGUAGAUGCAUGGUUUUCUGUGCAAAACUUAUGAGCGAGAAGUAGACAUGAACGAAACUUCAUCUGUGUCAAAGGGAUGUUUUGUUUUUAAGUCAGCAUCUAGAAAAAGGAAACGACAAGGAGUUGAUGGAUAUAUGGUGGAUGGAAGUGAUGAUAAUGGCAGAGACCGCUUUAGGAUCUGUCAGGACCUACGGGAAACUGUUCAAAAGCACACAGAGGUAUUACAAGAUCAGUUGAAUAAAAAGGUCCUUGAUGAUCUUGUACAGUUCAUUAAAAAGCAUGAACUCUGCAACUCAUCUGAUGUCCGGAGACAGGGAGCAAGAGAAAUCCCCACAGCUGCUUUAAUGCUGGGUGUAAAUGUGCCGGAUCACACUAUGACGUUUCGGAGUCUGUGUAAUCUCCUUCAAGAAUCUGUCACUCCGUUUGUUGUGUCACUUCAUGCCAAAGGAUGUGCAACUGUUAAGUUUUUAAUUCAGAGAGUUCUAGAGCAGCUGAUGGGAAGAGGAAUGGCCCUGGACGAAGAACAAGAUGAUGAUACAGCUCUGCAUCUGAAUACCCAAUGUAGUAUUAGUGAUCUUUGCCAGUGGUACAACUCAGUUAAGAAGCCUGACGUGAAAAAUAAUGGCCUGUACUGGAGUUUGCCUAUUGUUGUGAUCUUCAAAGACUUUGAGGCUUUCAACUUGCAAGCUUUACAGGAUUUUAUCCUUAUCUGCAGUCAGUACACCCAGGAGCUUCCACUCAUCUUUAUCUUUGGCAUUGCAACAUCUCCCAUUGCUAUCCAGCACAGGCUGCCUCACUCUGUGUCAUCUUUGCUCUGCAUUGAGGUCUUUCAUUCCCUCUCGUGUACUCGGCACUUAGCCUGUGUCUUCGACAAGCUGAUUCUGACUUCUCAGUUCCCAUUCAAGCUCAGCAGUAGGGUUAUACAGGUUCUAAUUGGCAUCUUCCUCUACCAUGACUUUUCAGUUCAAAGUUUUGUUAAGGGCCUCCAGCUCUCCAUAUUAGAGCACUUUAAUAGUCAGCCUCUCAGUGUCCUUUGCUGCAAGAAGCAGGAGGCCUUGCUUCGUGCCAAGACACUGAGCCAGAAAAAUGUGGAAAGAAUCCGUCAUCUUCCCUCGUUCAUGAGGUAUGUGGAGACUCAGGAGCCACAAGAUCAGGUUUUGCUACUUACCAGUGAUGAACAUGUCAAGGAAGUUUGUCAGAAAUUGUUGAAAAACCUUCAUAAAUACCACAAGAAUUACUAUCCUAUUCUCCAGUGUUUAUACUCUUUGACGUCAUUGCUACCCAAGUGUCCCAUGGGAAAACAUAUAAGAGAGCUCCAUGUAACCUGCAAUGAGAAGAAUGUUUGGGAAAUGGAAGAGUAUCAUUCAGCCAUGCAGCUUUUGAGGAUUCUAGCAAAAGAUGAGCUUGUUGCAGCUUUACGGGAGUGUGCUGGAAUUCUUAAAUCAGCCAAUACCAAGAAAAUGCAGAAUGUGCUCAAACAAGUGGAUGAGUUUGUUGUAAGAUUGGAAGAGCUGGAAAAUCUCCCCACCGAAGAUGUUCCUGGGGAUGAUGUUGCCUGUUCAGGAAAGGAUAUUCAAAGAAGAACAGAUCUUCAUUACCUUCAGAAGAGAACCUACUGUAAGAGACUCUUACAGUCUCUGAUGGAAAAAGAGUCCAGAAAAACAAGAAAAAUGAGCUCAUUCGAAAUACUUCGAAACCAGGUGCUACAAUAUAUUGAUGAACUUGUGAGAGAGUACCUGACUCCAGCAGAGCUUCAACCUCUUAGUGAAGUAUGUUACUACAGCUCCUCGGGGGUCCUGCGACAGCGACUUAAUGCUGCCCCCCGCACAUCUAUUCAAGCUGCUCUCAGUCAUCCUUUUCACUACCUGCAGAAUGAAGCCUUGAAAACAAGUGCUGGGACGGUUUCUAGUAAUGCUCCUGACCUCUGCAUCAUAUACAAGCUUCAUCUUGAGUGUGGAAGACUUAUAAAUCUAUAUGAUUGGCUCGAGGCCUUUGUGACCGUAAGUUCAGCUGCUGAGGACAAAGAAGCAGAUUCUGAGGAGUAUAACAAACCCGAAAAUCUCAAAAAUGCUUGCUUCAUUCAGGCUGUUUCUGAGAUGGAAUUCCUUGGUUUUGUUAAAUCAACAAAACAGAAGACUGAUCAUGUGGCAAGACUGACUUGGGGAGGUUGUUAGAGAAACAUCCAUACAGUCCUAAUGUUUAAUGUCUUUUGAACUUCAACUAUUUUAAACUUCCAGCAUUGCAUAUUAUGUAUUUUCUCUUUUCAGAUUGUCUCUAACUUCAUAGUGACGAUUUUAUUAUUAUACAUACGCGGUAAUAACGCUCUAGUUUCUCGAACGUGAGACAUUGCCCUUUUAUUGACUAUGUACUUUUGAUUUAACUAUGUGCCAAGUAUUACAAUAAAGUAGAGUAUUCUGUUUUUAAUGUCUCCGUCAAAAAUUCUAUAGAGCAAGAAAGUUUUAUUUUAAAGCUGCAGUUAUAACAUUGUAUGUGUUUACCAUUGUAGUAAUUGUGAAUACAGAUUGUAGCUUUUAUCAUCAUUAAAAAUGAAAACCUGUAUAGACAGAUUUUUCUUCUGAUAUCUGGACUCUGUCAACAAAUAUUUCGAUUUUCAGUACAUUGGUAAUGCAUACAAUCUCUGAGAUUAUAUUUCUAGUUUGACUUCAAAUGUAUUUAUUACACUCGAAUUGCACUUAAACAAAAUAAAGUAUUUUACUAUUUACUCAA